UUUCUUCUUUUUCUUUUCUUUUUGGUUUGCUGUGAUGGGUUAUAAAGUUUGAUUCAUUUCUCUUUUGCUUUUGUUUCUUUUCUGUUUCUUCUUAGAUAAUUUUUUUGUAGAAUAUUAUUAACAACCAUGAAGUCAUCAAUGGUUUUGUGGGCUGCACCUGUAAAGUGAAAAUUGGGUCUUGAUUUUGUGAUUGGGACCCCAAAACAUUAUUAAUGUGUAGUGUAUUCUGAACCUCCCGCAAACCUUUGGUUUUUGUUUUCCAAUCUUUAGAAGAAUUUCAUUUUUUUUUUUUUUUUUGCUUAUUCAUUUUAGGUAAGGUUCUGACUAUACUGUUCAAUGCCUGGUUUAGCUAUGGAUGAAUCAAAUGUAAAUAGUGCAGCAGAGGAACCUAGUGGGAGUUAUACACCCUACAAGGAAAACUUCACUCAGCAAGCAUCACCAAGGAGUACACUGAGUCCAAGAAGCAUUCAGAGUGAUUCAAUUGAUUUGGCUAUUGAUGGGGUGGUGGAUACCUCUAUUGAGCAAUUGUAUCACAAUGUGUGUGAAAUGAGGAGCUCUGAUCAAUCACCCUCAAGGGCUAGUUUUUACUCAUAUGAUGGUGAGUCUAGGAUUGAUUCAGAACUGUGCCAUCUUGUUGGAGAUAUUGUAGAUUUGGAGAUUACAAAGGAGGUGGUUACAGAGAAUAGAGAGGAUAGCAAUGCUGAGAAAGAUGUUGUGUCAUUUGGGAAGGAACCUACAAAGAAGGAUAAUAACCAAUCAUCACCAACACCAAGGGUCAUUGAAGGAUCAGGAUCAGCCAAGUCAACUCCCAGAAGCAGAAAUUUUAGGCCAUCCAAUGACAAGAGGAAUGAGAAGGGUGUCAGAAAAGCAAAUGGUGUUUACCAUAUGCGGAAGAAUAGGAACCUUGGUUUGAAGGGAAUUGAAGAACGUAUCGCUGCCGGGUUAGAUAAUCCAGACUUGGGGCCAUUUUUACUCAAGCAAACAAGAGAUAUGAUCUCUUCAGGUGAGAGUCCCCAUAAAGCUCUUGAUUUGGCUCUUAGAGCUUUGAAAUCAUUUGAGAUGUGUGCAAAUGGGAAACCAAGUUUAGAAUUGGUCAUGUGUCUGCAUGUUUUGGCAACAAUAUACUGUAAUUUAGGACAAUAUAGUGAGGCCAUUCCCAUUCUUGAGCGUUCCAUUGAAAUUCCUGUGUUAGAGGAUGGCCAAGAUCAUGCACUAGCUAAGUUUGCAGGGUGCAUGCAAUUGGGUGAUACUUAUGCAAUGAUGGGGCAGAUAGAGAAUUCUAUACUGUUCUAUACAGCAGGUCUUGAAAUUCAAAGGCAAGUCUUGGGGGAAACGGACCCAAGAUUCGGUGAGACGUGUCGUUAUGUGGCUGAGGCACAUGUUCAGGCACUGCAGUUUGAUGAGGCUGAGAAGCUUUGUCAAAUGGCUCUUGAUAUUCAUAGGGGAAAUGGGUCUCCUGCUUCCAUUGAAGAAGCAGCAGAUAGGAGACUAAUGGGGCUUAUCUGUGACUCAAAGGGUGAUUAUGAAGCUGCUCUAGAGCAUUAUGUUUUAGCAAGCAUGGCCAUGGCAGCAAAUGGCCAGGAAGUAGAUGUGGCAGCAGUUGAUUGCAGCAUAGGUGAUGCCUAUCUGGCGUUGGCACGCUACGACGAGGCAGUGUUUUCUUAUCAGAAAGCACUCACUGUGUUCAAAUCAACCAAAGGAGAGAAUCAUCCAACAGUUGCUUCAGUCUAUGUCAGGUUAGCUGAUCUGUAUAACAAAAUAGGGAAAUUCAAGGAAUCAAAGUCUUAUUGUGAAAAUGCACUCAGAAUUUUUGGUAAGACCAACCCUGGAAUUCCCUUAGAAGAGAUUGCUAGUGGUUUAAUAGAUGUUGCUGCCAUCUAUCAAUCCAUGAAUGAUUUGAAGAAGGGAUUGAAGUUACUCAAAAAGGCCUUGAAGAUAUAUGGAAAUGCUCCUGGUCAACAAAGUACUGUUGCAGGAAUUGAGGCCCAAAUGGGGGUUAUGUAUUACAUGCUAGGGAACUAUUCUGAUUCUUACAACAUCUUCAAAAGCGCCAUUACCAAAUUCCGUGCCAGCGGAGAGAAGAAAUCUGCUUUGUUUGGAAUUGCUUUGAACCAAAUGGGCCUUGCCUGUGUGCAGUGUUAUGCUAUAAAUGAGGCAGCUGAUUUGUUUGAAGAGGCCAGGACUAUAUUGGAAAAAGAGUAUGGUCCAUAUCACCCUGACACCUUAGGGGUCUACAGCAAUCUAGCAGGCACCUAUGAUGCAAUGGGAAGAGUGGAUGAUGCCAUUGAAAUUUUGGAAUAUGUAGUUGGCAUGAGAGAAGAGAAGCUUGGAACAGCAAAUCCUGAUGUGGAUGAUGAGAAGCGUAGGUUGGAAGAGUUGUUGAAAGAAGCAGGCAGAGCCAGGAACAGGAAAUCAAGAAGAUCACUGGAAACUCUUCUUGAUACCAAAUCUCAGCUUAUAAAAGACAAUGGCAUUAAGGUCCUAUAAAGCCGGGGAUGUAUAUAAAACACCAUCAGAUUAACUGGUUUGCUUAUUUUGAUCAUUGCUUGCAAAUUUGGCCAAAAACAAUAACAAAGUGGAAAUAGGUUCCACUUCUUCCAUUUGUUCAUUGGUAAAGGAUAUGCUCACAAAAGUUACUUCGUAUGUCUAUUUACUAUAGUGCAGAGGAAAUUUCGGUUAAUCAUAUUUCUCUUUGUAUAAUUGGAUUAAUAAAUGGUGUAAAAUCAUUUUUCUAUGUAAACAAUGGAUGUUGCAACUUAAUUUUCUCUGCUGGUACACCAAACAUCCUAUUAGAAAAUUCAGUUGC